GGGUAGAGCUAGGGAACCCGGCGGGGCACAGUUUCAUUGGGGAUCGGUGAUAAUGGAAUUAUGAUCCAUCUGCCAUCUAUUGAUCAGGAUCGAACUCGUUGAUUUCAGUGUGUGAUCAGCCGAUGACUGCAUGGUGGAGCCUUCAUCGACCCGACGGGAUCACAGCGGCAUCUUCACUGCCCUCCCCACUUUCCGCGAGAAGGUGAAGCCUUUAUAAUAACACCGCAAUCCGCUAUGAGGCGAAUAACAGGAAAGGCGAAGGAUGAAACUUUGAUCGAGCUGCAGAGCGCCACGGAUUCACAGACUGGAGAUGGUCCUGCAGUGUUGACCGCAUUCAGGAUAAACCUUCACUCAGAUGAAAACAGUGGAAAUGGCGUCAAUUCACUAUCUGAAAGAGGGACACUGCCUGGACAUAAAGAAACAGACAAGCUACAACCAAACAAAGACACCGUGUUCUUCAGGGACGGAGUACGAAGAGUAGACUUUGUGUUGUCUUAUGUAGAUGACAAAGAUGGAGAAAAGAAACAGGAAAGGAGGAGGGAGUUUGAAGCCAACCUUGAGAAAGCAGGACUGGAGCUGGAGACAGAGGACAAAUCAGACUCCAAAGACCAGAAGACAUAUUUCUUGAAGAUCCAUGCUCCAUGGGACGUACUGGCAACCUACGCUGAUGUCUUAAAGAUCAAAGUUCCCUUCAAGGAGAGUGAUAUCCCUCAUGGUCAGGAGGUCCCACUGGAGUGGCUCUCGCAUCCUUUCCGUCUGCCAGAACACAUAAUGCACCCACAACCUGACUAUUUCACCUACCCCUUUGACAAGACCAAGACUGACUUCUUCCUCAUCACUGACAAGGAUACGUUCUUCCCACCAUCCACAAGAAACAGGAUUGUGUUCUACAUCCUGGCUCGUUGCCCGUACUACAAAGAGGGUCGGAAAGACAGAGACAAGACGGGAAUCAAGCGAUUACUCAGCAAUGGGACCUACACAGCCGCCUUCCCACUUCAUGAUUGUCGAUACUGGAAAAGGGCAAGAAAUGCUGAGUGUGAGAGUGAGCGCUACAACUUGUACAAGAACUGGGCCAGUUUCCUCUGCUUUUACAAAGAGCAGCCUCUGAACCUCAUCAGGAAGUACUAUGGAGAAAAGAUUGGGAUCUACUUUGCCUGGCUGGGCUUCUACACAGAGAUGCUCUUCUUUGCAGCCGUCAUGGGCCUUAUAUGUUUCACCUAUGGAGUGCUCAGCUAUGAUGACAACAUAUCAAGCAAAGAAAUAUGUGAUGCCUAUAUUGGAGGCAGCAUUGUGAUGUGUCCUCUUUGUGAUAAAAAAUGCCCUUUCUGGAAGCUCAACUCUACUUGUCUCUCAUCCUGGCAAUCCCAUCUGUUUGAUAAUGAGGGGACGGUGUUCUUUGCCAUAUUUAUGGGGAUUUGGGUAACUCUGUUCCUGGAGUUCUGGAAGCGGCGUCAGGCCCGGCUGGAGUACGAGUGGGACCUGGUGGAUUUCGAAGAGGAGCAGCAACAGCUUCAGAUCCGACCAGAGUUCGAGAUCAGAUGCACUAACAGGAGACUCAACAAGAUCACUCAGGAAAUGGAGCCCUAUCUCCCCAUCACCAGCAAGUGUGCUCGCUUCUGCCUUUCUGCAGCCACGGUUUUAUUCUGGAUUUCUCUGAUAGUGGCCUGUAUCAUCGGGGUCAUAGCAUACAGGCUGGCUGUGUAUGCUGCCUUUGCAAGUAUCAUUAAAGACCCUAUGAGGAAGAUCCAGGUGGUGGGCAGAUUCAUCACCCCACAGUUAGCGACUUCUGUCACUGCUUCCUGCAUCAACUUUGUCAUCAUCAUGAUCCUAAACUUCUUUUAUGAGAGGGUGGCCAUUUGGAUCACUGAUAUGGAAAUCCCAAAGACGCACCUGGAGUAUGAGAACAGGUUGACCAUGAAGAUGUUUCUGUUCCAGUUUGUCAACUACUACUCCUCAUGCUUCUAUGUGGCCUUCUUCAAAGGCAAAUUUGUGGGUUUCCCUGGUGACUACUCUUACAUGUUUGGCAAAUGGAGCAAACUGAGAAAUGAGGAGUGCGACCCUGGUGGCUGUCUGAUCGAGCUGACCACGCAGCUGGUGAUCGUCAUGGCUGGGAAACAACUGUGGGGAAACAUUCAGGAAGCCCUGCUGCCGUUGAUGCGUAACUGGUGGAGUAGUAGAAAGGGGCGGCACAAUCCUGAAAACCAUUACAGCCGCUGGGAGCAGGACAACGUCCUGCUGAACUUCACCCAACUGGGCUUAUUCUAUGAAUACUUGGAGAUGGUGAUCCAAUUUGGCUUCAUCACUCUGUUUGUGGCCUCUUUCCCCUUGGCUCCCCUCCUCGCUCUGUUCAACAACAUCCUGGAGAUCAGGGUGGACGCCUGGAAGUUCACCACUCAGUUCAGACGACCGGUGGCUUCCAAGGCCCGAAACAUUGGAGCGUGGCAAGAGAUCCUCAACGCAGUGGCCAUUUUAUCCGUUGUUACCAAUGCUUUUAUCAUGGCGUUCACCUCAGACAUGAUUCCCCGUAUGGUCUACCUGUAUGCCUACAGCAAAAAUGCCAGCAUGGAGGGCUACGUCAACAACAGCCUGUCGAUAUACAACAUCUCACAAAUCCCCAUGGAAAACAUGCCGGAGGAACGCAACAACUGGCUUGACAAUGUGACCGACACCUGCAGAUACCGUGACUACCGUUACCCUCCAGGCCACAACAUGAAGUACACUCACACCAUGCAGUUCUGGCACAUCCUGGCAGCCAAAAUGGCCUUCAUUAUUAUCAUGGAACAUGUGGUCUUUGUGGUGAAGUUCUUUGUGGCGUGGAUGAUCCCAGACAUCCCGUCUGAUGUGAAGGCGCGGAUUAAGCGAGAACGCUACCUGAUUCAAGAGUACCUACAUAACUACGAGGUGGAGAAGCUAAAACUCCAGCUGAGUGCCAGUUUCAUCACAGAGCCACAGUCAGAAAUGUCCUUGAUGACAGACAAGCAUGAAGUGUUGUCUGAGUGCCUGUAGCCCCCUGCUUCACUCCUCCAACUAACCAAGCCAAAAAUGGACAUGUCUGGGAGUUUAAUACCCUGUUGAGAACAUGCAUAUGCAAGGGCUUUUGUCUUGGGGAUAAAAACGCUAUUAUCUUUUCUUUUUAAAUAGACUGUAUGAUCAAGAUAUACUAAUUUUAUCUGCAUCGAGGCAUGAGAAAAAGGAAAAAAAAAUCCAAUGCAACAUUUCAUUUUGCUUACAUACUUUAAAGCAGCUUCUUGGGUGGAUGAAACUUUUCUGUGCCAUAAAAAAUGUUGGAAAGUGAUGGGACAGAAAAAAACAGCAAGGAGCAAAAAUAGUGUAACUGUAGUUUGUAUCAUUCCCCAUGUAAUGCAAUCAAACUCUCCAUUAGUCAUAACCGAAUGUCUUUGUAUGUGUUGACAGAGUUAAAGUUUGUGGUGUUGAACAUAAUACAUUAGAUGUAAUCACCCUUUAAAGAGCUGGAAAUGAUAUUAUUCUAACGUGCUGCAUGUGAUUCUUUUACUGAGAAUACAAGAUGAAGGACUGAACCGAGCAGACAAGAAUUUAGAGUAUUUGUCAGUUGUGAAUUUGUUUGAAUGAUAGUUGUGGUCGGAAGUUCAUAUCAUUUAACUAUGAAUGUAGAAAACACUCAAACUUACAAAUGUUUAAAUACAUCGGAUAGGAAACAUUUAUAUGUAAGAAAAUUAAUAGGCGGUGCUUAUUCCUCAGACAGUUUCUUUUUGAAUCGUCUUUCAAAUUGGUAGCUACGUAAUGUUUAGUUCCACUGAUCUUUAGCUGGGCUAUAAGAUUGUCAGUUUUGUUAUUAGAGUGUGUUAUAUUUAGGGAAAACCCCUAUUAAAAACUGUGCAUUUGAAAACCAAGUACCUCCAUUAUACUGCAGCGUUUGGGGGGGAGGGGGCUUCAACAGUGUUGUGGUGAGACAGAAGCUGCAGGCUCAUCAUGUCUCAUCUUCCAAAUGUAUUUCCAACUUGCUACGGGACCAAUUAUAAGACUUCUACCAAAAGAACAGAUUACAUGAAGGAAAUGUUGGAAGAGCUGUGAACAGAUCUUCUGUUUUAAUACAAUCAUUUUGUGUGGAUGAGUUCAGGUUGAUCAUGCGUCGGCUUUACUCCUCCUUGUGUUACACAGGGAUAAUAAAUGGCCUAUAUAUCUGUUCUCAGAUAUUUGUGUCUCCAUAUGCUGUAGGCACAAACAACUGUAACCUUGAUUUCAGAGAUACACAGAAAAGAGAAGAAGUUUUUAUACCCUGGUUGGAAUACGUGUGAGUGAGGAUUUCAGUGAAAAAAUAAAUACUUAAUGACUUUUAGUACCCUGCUCAUACUCUCUAGCUGGAUACUAAAUGUUGCUGUAGAUAUAAAGAAUGUUAUCUAUUUAAAAUGGAUUGUAGAGCCAUUAAUUUAUUGAUCCGUUUCUUCUAUGUAGCCUGAAGCAUUUGUAUUUAGAGUUACUUCAUAAUCCUCUUUUUCAUCAAUUUAGUGGCAACACCCAAUUUCCUAUUUUCUGCUAUUCACCACCUCAUUUAAAGACCAUCAAGUAGUGCUAGUUAUUCAAGUAGCCUACAAUGUAUGCUAUAAAUUACUACUUUGUCAAGGGACCAGACAAAUAAAAAUCCUACACAUUCUGUGGGAGACAGAGAUCUGAUUAUAUUUCUUCAUAGUAGAUAAGUGAUUUAUCAGAUACUGUAAGACUUUUUUUUUUUAAUCUGCUUUAGCUUAACAUGCAUGUGGAUUUUAUUGAGACGUCUUUGUGGUUUACACUGUAACUGAUGCAGUUGUGACUCCAGCUAACAGCAAAUUACAUUUGACAGUCAAGUCAGUAAAAGCCUGACUUACUCCAGUCUCAGGAUUAAACAUCUCCCAAUGUUUGUUGAGCAUCACUUGGUGACAUGAUAUGCAGAUGUGGGCAAGGGUGUGUGCAUGAUCCCUUCAAGAUGCAAAAUGUAUUUCCCAGCAAACAAAUGCCUUAAACGUCUGUGUUUACUUGUUUUUGUAUGAUUUUGUAAUGACAGUUUCCUAUCUGAAUUCAAAACCUGUUUCAUAUCAUUAGUUUUUGCAAAGUAGCUGUUUUGUCUGGUUGGAUGUGCAGAAAUUGCUGUUAUGUAAUGCUGUUACAUAGGUACACUCACUGUAGCCCAUUCUACAGAAAUGUAGUAAAUAAUAUUCACAAUAAAUGAAGAAACAACUA